CGGUAGUCGCACCGCACUUACGCGAUAGAGUAAUCCCCUAGAGUAAAUUCCCUAGACCGGGAAUUGAACUCGGGUCUCUCGCUUGCAGGGCGACUGCUUUAAACCCACUGAGCUACCUGACGCUCCAUGGUCAAGGCACUCUCCUCUCCCCUGAUAUCGUUAAAAGAUGUCGUUCGGAAGCGACAUCUCUAAUGCCAUCCCGAGUCUAAACCAAAGAUAUCUACAUCUCAUUUACUUUCCUGUUUUGAGGAAUAUAUCUGCGCAUGCGCUACAACUCUGAAGAGUAAGAGGAGGGGAUGCCCUAUGGUAGCUUUAAUAUUAGGCUUCGGAAAAAAACCUCUGUCUCUCAGUCGCUCUGUGAACACGAGAUUCAUCGGUUGUGUGUCUACAUAGUAAAGUUUGGGUGCGUCUACAUAAUAAAAACGUAUGCUGCCGGUGCUGAAGUGAACGCUAAACACGCAAAUUAUUACAUGCCUGCUCAACAUGAGGACGAGGCUCCACCGAGCAAGAAAAUGUGCAAAAGCGUCCCACGACCUACUGCUAUGCAUAUCUUAGGACGCCGAUACGCUUUGACUGCAACUGCUUAUAAAUAUUUGAAUAUCGGAAUCAGCGUAGGAGCUGAACCCGUCAUAGACAUAGUCAUUGAUGAUAAUCGUGGCAAACAACUGCUAUUGCCGAUCUUGGAAUGCGCUAAUGGGGCAACGUGCUGACAUCCAAAGAUUUCUGCAGGCCAAUUUUUAUAAGUCAUCGUCUCCCCCGAUGCGUAUAGAAGAAUUAACAAUAACGUCAUGUAAGAUAUACAACUCACAAAUUGUGAAACUCACAAUUUUUAAUAAUUGCUUAUAUGUAACACCAGAUACGUUAAAUGUAUUAUUUACAUUUGAAAA